GCUCGGCAGCUUGGCAGCUUUUUGUCUUUCAUCGCCUCCUACGCGAAACGCGAGACAUUAGGCCAACAAUAAUAAACAAGCCCAAUUGCUAACCAGAUCAGUAAGAAACAAGAAAAUACACACAGGUUAUAUUACAAUUGGACCAAUUUGAGAUUUAUUUUCCAACAAUUUCAACGGGAAUUACAAAUACGCUUAAGCACACACAAAUGAUAACAAUGUAACUGGAACACAGACGAGCUGCUUAUAAAACGAAAGUUCUUUGAGGCUAGUUCGAUUCGCCCUAUCUGCGAAAAAAAACUUUUAAUCAGCAUGUCUUCCGGCCUGAUGUCGUGUGUGCGAGAAAACUCGCCACCGCUGGAAUUGGAGUUAAGUGCGGGUGCGGGUCCAUUAUCAUUGCCCGAGGGCAAAAGCAGAUCACAUGGCUAUCAGGGAGCAGGCGCAACAUCCACACCCAUUGCUAGUCCGGAGCAGGGAGCCACAACUGAUGGCAACAGCAGCUCAGCAAUUGUGGAGCAACAGCAGCAGAAGCGACGUCGCUUCCAUCCACUGCGAAAUCUCCGGCGUAUCUUUCGCCGUCGCACAAUCAAUAGUGCAGAUAGCGCUGCUGCUGCCACUGGUGGCGAGGUGCAAGGUGUGGGCUCGUGCAAUACAUUGCCACCACCGACGAGCAGUGCCAGUGAGAAGAAUCUGCGCAGUGUUGCCAUUGCUGGAGGCACAUCCUCUGCAGCCGCCGAGGCAGUCUCAGCAUCCUCGCCAGCAUCGCCGCUCACCCAUCAGCAGCUGCAUGAGAGCUACCAGACGCAAUCGCUACCAAAAUCCAAAUCCUACGGCACCCAUCGCGAUGAGCUGCUGAGUGUGCUGCUUGGCAAGAAGAGAGCUAGCAAGCAGACGCAUUGCUUGGAGCAACCGGUCACUCUACUCCACGCCCAGCCACAAUCCCAAACUGAAGCCAUGUAUCAAACGCAGCGACAGCAUGUGGGCGUGGCCGUCUUCCCGGACACCAUUGGCAUGAGCCGGAACUCAUAUUUUGUCGAGAAGCGACAUCACCAGCGCCAGAUGCGCAGCGUCGGCGACUCCUCGCAGGAGCUGGAUGCCGAGGACAGCGUUGCCGUUGGCGCCACGGACAUGUCCGACAGCCAGCGCAGUCUGAGUGAGGCACGCCUGCUGGACGCUGAUGCGGAUGGCAGCGGUUACACACGUGAAACUCUCUCCCAGUCACAUGACAGUGUCUUCUCCGAAUCCGCAACUGCCAGCAGCCUUUCAAUCGUACUCAAGGCGGAGCUGACAGAUGUGUUGCGAAAACGUCGAAAUCGUCCCGAUGCCUCCGAUGAGGACCUGGGUCUGCCUCGAAGUCCCGUUUCGCCGCAGCGCAUGACGGGCGCCGGCCAGAGCCGUAAGACUGCCGGCGGCCAGGUCCGUAGUGUGGCUCAGGGCCACGAGUCGUCCUCCCUUAGCCUGUUGAGCGUGAACAGCACCGAUGGCGAGGACACCAGCCAAAGCCAUAGACAGCACACGAGCAGCAAAUCGAUUAGCUCCGCGGAGCACAGCAGCUCGGUUCUGUUGCGGGAACAGCACAAUCACCACAAUGAGGAAGAUGUGGAUGCAGUGGGUUCGGAACGGCAACGCCUCUCACAUGCCGCUGCCAAGCACAAGAUGGCCAUCCGGCCGGUCAAGAAGAACGGACCGACGCGGCAUCACCGAAGAACUCUAGAGACUUCCAUACCCGAGGCCAAGGAGGAGGACCUUGCCAAGAUGAGCCAAAAACAGGCUCAAAAUCCCAGCUUGAGAGCUGUCAAGAAUGCUGAUCUUAAGACCAAGACACGCUCUUUGCCACCGGGCAGUGCAUUGACUGCCACAACCACCGCAACUGCCACGAACACCACCAAUUCCAAUAUGCGCACCAAGACAAUCGAGCAGAAGAACUCAACGAUAACAAAUAUUAAUAGCAUCAGUAGCAGCAGCAGCAGCAGCGAGAGAACAACAACCACUUCGCAUACCACAACACACACCACAUCCUCAACGUCGUCAUCUGCGCAAUCAUUUGGAUUGCGUGCACUUAACUUCAAGGCGGCCAAUACGCUUCUUGAUGCACGCGGCGAAUCCUCAACUGAUGGCGACGAUGUGCCCAAUGGCACAGCGGAUGCCGGCGAGCAUGGAUUCCUGCGUCGACUGAUGCAACGCAAUUCGAAGCGCAGCAUUGCGAGAGCCAACGAUGGCUUUGAGGAUGUAGAUAACAGUCAGAACUCAGCCAAGAAGCUGCAGAUCUCUACCUCCUGCCUGGAGGCAGCCACACGUGAUCCGGUGCAGCUGUCAAGCAAAUCGCGUAGCGCCACCUCGCAUGAGCAGAACAUUCAGGAGACGCGUCAGAUCAUUAAGCGUGAGAUUCAUAACGAAGGCAAGCAUGGCCUCAAUGCCAUGGUCAGCAAUUAUGGCGUCCAUCCACAACCACCCACCGCGGUCAAGCCGAAGUCAGGUCCAGCAGCCCGUCAGCGAUAUCUGCCGCAGGAGCUAGGAGCUACCUCAUCCAGUGCCACCCUAACCAACAGUGACACCGAUGUAACCAAUUUGCUCUCGAGGAGUUCACGUGGCAACGACACCUUCCAGUCCACAUCGCUGGUCCGUGAGCAGGCACAACUCAAAACGGAGACUGCCACCACAACAAGUCACUUCGAGCGGAAGCCUCGCAUUGUGGGCUUGAGUGCCUUCCAGCAGAAACUCUCGCGCUCCAGCGAUUCGAUGGGUCAGCACUCGAGCUCCUCCAACUCGUUGGAGACGAGCACGGAUGAACCAUCACCGCUGUACUACGAGGAAAAGCAGCGCAAGACUGUUGAGAAAGCGCGCAGCUUUCGCAAUUAUCAGGAGGAGCGCGAUGUGAUCGCCGAGUCCGCUUCCAUGCACAACAAUAUGCCCAGUCUACCGGAUUUGUCGCUCAGUUUCCGUGUGCCCACCUCCUACUACAAGCAACCGCAAUCGCCACAGUCACCGCUGACUAUGUCUCCCAUGUCACCCAUGUCACCCGGCGCCAAGUGCGUCUCACUGGGUUUUGAGAUCAAUGACAACAAGUUGCUUCAGGCACGCGCCGAAUCAACUGGCAAACUGCAGCAAACAAAGUUGUCUCCGCAACGCAACUCGGCGCUGUUGGUGACCAGUCCAGGUCCUGCCAACAUCUCCCAGAUCGAGCAGAACAUUGAUCUGAUUGUCAAGUCGCCAAUGGUUAGUCUACUCAGGAAAUCCUGCACAGUGGGUGAGCAACUCUCGUCGGAACAACAGCUAUCGUCAGUCCCUCAGCGCCCCAAGGUGCUUGAACUCAAGCAGACAACAACCAUUGCAAUCGGUUCUCCCGGCAAGGAGACAGCUAGUCCACUGACCAAAAGCGCUAAGUUAUCGGCCAGCCCGCCAACAACUCCUGGCAAGUGCAAUCGUCGCGACUCCAACAAUGUGGAGAUGCAACCCGAAUUCAUGAAGAUACAGCUGAAUCGAGUGGAUCAGGCACGCCUGCAUAGCAAAACGAAUCAUCUGGUGCUGGCCAAGAAUGUGAAAUCGCCUUCGACGCCGACGGAGCGCAGUCAAAGCAGCGAUGAUCUAAGCAUGCGACGUCUCAGCAACGAGAGCACGGGCAGCAUACAGAUUGUCGAGCGAUCCCAGAAGCCAGUCAGUGCCACACGUACUCCGCCACAGCCAUUGUCACCUCAGAGUAUUAGCCAGACUACGGGAGCAGCCUUGGUCAAGCAGCAGCGUGCCGUUAGCGCCACCAGUUUGCGUUCCAGCUACGUGAGCAGCGGGAGCAGCAGCAAUGGGAGCAACGAGGUGCUCGUCGCCACAGCUACAACUGUAAUCUCACCCAGCACACCACCAAAGAUGAAGCGCGUGGAUGCCGUGGAGCAUGAGAAGGCUAAUGCGAAUCGCCUAUCGCUGGAGGAGCGCAAACGUCUAUUCCUCAGCGAGGAGAAGACGCAGGCGGAACGCAAGCUGACCGAGAUGCGCUACGAGCGCAAGAAGUCCAUUAGCGAGGAGAUCCAGAGAAAGCCCGAGACAAUCACGGCCAGCUCGCCCAGCCCGCCCAGUUCGCCGGAAACUGGCAAUGGGAAUGCCGUUGUGCUGCGCAAGAAAUCCUUUGCCAGCGCAAAUGGCACUAGUAACAGCAACAGUAUUGCUAAUGGAAGCGCAAUCCCCACGAGCCAUGAUGAUCCCACGCCAGAGCUGAUGAAAGUGUUCGCACGACGCUCACUGAAGGUGAAGGAUGACGAUGUGGUUGCAAUAGCUCAGAUAGCGGUGGCCAAUCACAAGAAGAUUACGAACGGCAGCCAGAGCAUCGAUAGCGACAAGGAGAAUCACUCCAACAGCGAGGAGAAGCUGGACAAGCUGCCGACCACCCAAGACCCACCCAAAAUCACACAAUCCCACGGACACAGCAACACACAGUCCCACACCCAGUCCAGCGGCAAUCAUCGCAGCACUGUGGCUGACUUCCGUAAUCUCAACAAUAACUUGCAGCCUGCCCAGCAGAAGCUGGCCAAUCUGCCGCCCAUCAAGGUCAGCAAUGUGCGCAACAACAACAGCAAUAAGAACAAUAACAAUAACAGCAAUAACAACAACAGCAGCACCAAUAACAGUGUUAAACCAGCAAACGAAAGGUAUUCGCUGCAGCUGAAGUCGGCAACGGCAACAGCAACAAUUGCCGCUGCAGCAGCAACAGUUGCCGAUGCCACAGAGGCACCUGGCCUGCCCAUUGAGCGAUCCGCAACGGUGGGCGAAUUUAAGGGCAUCCAUCAACGUCGCGCCGAGUGGGAGCAGCGAGUGAAAGAGGCCCUCAAAUAGGGCCCUCGAUUUAGCUGGCAGAAUUGAUGUAGUGCUCUAAGCUGCUGUUAGCCAACAGCAAUUGAGGUAGUGAUAUAGCGUCUGUUAAUGCCCCCUGUUAACUAGAAGAAUUGAGGUAGUGUUCUCGUAGUGCCUGCCUGCCUGUCUGCAAUCCAAGUGCUUUUUGUCUAGUGAUGCUCUCUAACAUAUAACAAAAUAAACCCUAAAAUAAUUGAAA